AUGCUUUUGGAGAAAGAACAUGCUGAUUUAAAUUUGCAUGCUGGAAAGGAAAUUAUUCCAGUUCACAAAUGCUUAUUGUCAGCCCGAUCUCCCGUUUUCUCCGCCAUGUUUAAGCGAGAUAUGAUGGAAAAUCAAACUGGCGUUGUGGACAUUCCUGAUGUAGAAAGUGAAGUUCUGUGCUCUUUUGUUGAAUAUCUGUACACUGACAUAUUCUCUAAUACUGAUUUUGAUCAUGUCUUGAACCUGUUGUUAGUGGCUGAUAAAUAUCAAAUAAAUAGGAAAGCUAUAGCUCAGUGUAGUCAAGGGGCUUAUAGAAUGAAGAAUCCUCAAUUUUGUGACCAACAGGCUGAUCGUGGGGAUAAGGUUAGCAUUGCGCUCAUGCCGCCUUUACUCCCUGGACAAGCUGAUACCUAUCAAUCUGAUGGGCCUAAGGAUCGAACUCCAGUUUUCAUAACAUUUAAAUGCCUAAUUUAUUGA